UUCAAGUAUUUAAAAUCCUCUCAGAAGAAGUUUGGCGACUGCCCAAUGGUCCCACAGGGCUCAAUGGACGUGACCAUGAGUGAGGCUCCAAACGUUCAGUUCAAUAACAUUCCCGACCAGCUGGUUCCUGAUGCUGCCCGUCCACCUUCGCCAGAGUCUCAACGGGAGACUCGCCACUGCCUUGGGGAUCCUUCGCCGGGUGAAUUCCCAUUGGCCUCUGUCCCCACCAUGGUUCUCCACAUUCUCACGUCGUGCAAUCUCGACCCUGUUGAUCUGGCAAAGUUAGAGGCAACCUGUUCCUUCUUUAGGCGGCCUAUGAACCUGAUACCUGAAUUAGAACUGUCAAUGUCUGAGGUUGCAGCACUGGAAAUGUGCCAGAAGAGAGCAAUAUUUAAGCCUAUGAAGCCCCAAGAACGGGAAGCAUUGAAGGAGAGGUGCGGCGGCUCGUGGAAACUCGUCCUGAAAUUCUUGUUAGCUGGAGAAGGAUGUUAUAGGAGGGAGAAGUCGCAGGUGACUGCUGGUGGCUGUCACAGCGUUGUAGUCACAUCCGGAGGAGAUGUCUACACUUUCGGGCUCAACUGCUCAGGACAGUUAGGGCACUCCACAACCGAUAACGAAUGGCAGCCUCGGCAGAUCAGCUCUCUGAAGGGCAUCCGGAUCAUCCAAGCGGCAGCUGGUGCUGAGAAGACAAUGCUGGUAAGUGAUUCAGGUCAGGUGUAUGCUUUUGGGAAGGACAAGCUCAGGGAACGUGGGGAUGAACAUGAUCAGGUGGAAAGGUCGAAAUCGAUCGCAAUGCCAACACUCAUGGAGUCGUUAAAGGGAGUAUUUGUGGUUCAAGCAGUUACAGGAGAACUCUUUAUGGCUGUUUUAUCGAGGGAGGGCAGGGUCUACACCUUCUGUUGGGGCAAAGAGGAAAAGCUCGGGCACCUCACUGAUCCUAACGAUAUGGAACCGCACCCUCUGAACGGAGCAUUAGAGAAUGUUCCAGUAGUUCAGAUUGCAGCAGGACAUUGUUACCUUCUUGCUUUGGCUUUUCAGCCUAGUGGCAUGUCAGUGUAUUCUGUUGGGUGUGGCCAAGGCGGAAAGCUCGGUCAUGGCUCAACAGGCAGUGAGAAGCAGCCCCGGCUAAUCACGCAAUUUCAGAUGACCUUGAACCUGCAGCCUAUGGCUAUAUCGGCUGGGACAUGGCAUGCUGCUGUCUUGGGCCAUGAUGGUCGUGUCUGCACAUGGGGAUGGGGCUCCUGUGGCUGCCUAGGGCAUGGCAUCCAAGCGUACCAGAUUGUCCCUAAAGUCGUUGAAGGAUUCGGAGAUGGCAAGGCUGUACAUAUAGCUACAGGAGAGCACACCACCUUUGUGGUGCUCGACAAUGGUGAUAUCUACUCAUUUGGGGCUCUACACUGGGGUAAUCUCGGCCAUGACGACAACUUUGUGGUGAAGCCCAGGUUGGUGACGUCUCUGACUCAGAAGGAGUUGCAUGAGCGGAUUGUGCAGAUAAGCCCGACGAACAACUUUAGGACGCACGGGCAUACUAUUGCCCUGACAGAGUCGGGGAAGAUAUAUGCCUUUGGCAUGGGAGACAAAGGCCAGCUGGGGACUAAGCUUCCGAGCGGACAGAGUCGACGGACGCAGCCAAAACGAGUGAAUAUCGAUCUAAGUUAGAAGAACCCCAAUUAUUUGUCCUCUAAUUUAGGAUUGCUUUUCUUUUCAUUGGUAGAUUAUGCAUAGAUGAUCAGGACAACGAAUAUGGAACUUCGA